AUGAAAUCCUUCGCAUUAGCGUUCCUAGUUCUCGUCGCGGGCGCCGUUGCCCUCCCUCAAUAUGGAGAAGUCCAUGUAGUGGACUCGGUCGACGCUGCGGAAUCCCGCGAGGCUCGCCUGGUGUCGGGCGCCAUCGUAGCAGCCAUCCAGGAGGUCUCUCAGAGGAUUCGUGAUGCUGGCCUCGACCCCGUGCUGGUGGACAGGGUUGAAGCCAACGUUGUCGUCGUCCCCCUGGUCGCCGAAAUCUCCGCAUUCGUGGACCGGCUGGAGUUCGUCGGCCUCAGUAACAUCGCCGUCAACCAUAUGGACUACAGCGUGCUGCUCAACCGCAUGCGCUUCGACGUCUCCCUGCCCGAGAUCAGACUGGCAGUUGGUAACUCCGCUCUCCACCUCGUGCUCCUCGGCAACAGCGCCGCUGACGCCAACUUCAGAGGAACCGGCUCCGUACGCCAGAUCCGACUGGCCGGUGAGGUCCGCGUGAACAUCGGCAUCAUCUCCGGCAUCAGCAUCCGCAGCCUCGAACUCUACUUCAGCGUUGGCCACCUAGAGUCCGACGUGCACCUGAGCAUCCUGGGCUUGGACCUGUCCCGCCUGGUCAACACCAUCGUCAACGACACCAUCCCCGCCUUCCUCUCCAAAUACCAGAACGACAUCAACAAUUUACUCGAGAAGAUCGUCUGGGAAGUGAUCGACCGAGUGAUGUAAACUAAUCCCUGAUCUGCUACUUGAUAACGUG